AAACAAAGACAUCCACAACCCCCAAUAUUAGUGGUGCAAUCACGCCUCAACUCUCUCUCUCUCCCUCACCAAUUUUAGUAUUUGAAUUCAAUUUCUCAUUUCCAACGAAUCCCAAACACUCUCUCUCUCUUCCCUUUCAAAUACAUCAUUCAUUUUUCUCUUCAGAUACACAUAAGAUCUCUCUCUCUCUCUGUUUUCUUUUGCCCUGUUCAUUCUUGAGAACCCGCUCAAGAAAUGGGCUUUAAAGCUAUUUUCCACAGGAGAAAAUCCAAGAAAACCGACGAUUCAGACUCAAAUUCGCCCACAACAGCAAACCAAGUAACCGGAUCAAGAUCUCAGUCGCUAAAACUCAAACCCCACAUCGAAGAACUCGAACAGGUUUUCAAGAAAUUCGACGUGAACGGAGAUGGAAAGAUCUCAUCCUUAGAACUGGGUUCUAUUAUGUCGUCACUUGGACACGAAGCUAAUGAAGAAGAGGUAAUGAAAAUGAUAAAAGAGUUUGAUGCGGAUGGAGACGGGUUCAUAGAUUUUAAAGAAUUUGUGGAGCUCAACACUCAGGGUGUUGGGUCCGAUGAGGUAAUGGAGAAUCUGAAAGAUGCAUUUGAUGUAUAUGACAUUGAUGGCAAUGGGUCUAUUUCAGCGGAAGAAUUGCAUAAGGUUAUGGGUAGCAUUGGAGAAAGCUGUUCUAUUGCUGAAUGUAGGAAAAUGAUCAGCGGUGUUGAUAGUGAUGGUGAUGGUAUGAUUGAUUUUGAAGAAUUUAAGGUUAUGAUGACUAUGGGUGCUAGAUGGGAUUCUACUCAGCGUUAGGACGGUGGUUUAUGGCGGUUGAGGGUUGCGUCCUUUGUUUUCAAGAUCUGCUAGGUUUCUUUCUGGUUAUUAUAUUUUUUAUUUUUAUUUUUUUUCUUUAAAUUGGGAUUCUCUGUUGGAACUUUGUGAAUAUCAUUUUGAAACAAGAAUACAGAUUCGCUUAUUUUAACAUUUUUUUA